UAACCAACAAAAACAAGCAUCUUGUUUUUAUUUGUAAUUUUAAUUUUUUUAAACAAUAGAACAAUGAUCAGCCGACCAAAACCAGGUGAAGCUGAAGAAGAUAUAUUACGUAUGCAGGAAGAGUUUCUUAAAGAUAAAAAUACUCAACCCUCAGCGCAAGUUGUGAAUUUAAGAAAAACAGAACAACAGGCCACUAAACGGCCCAGUCAUAAUACAUCUUCGCGGAAACCAUCAAAAUAUGCUCAAUCUAAGGGACUUUCGUAUGCUGAAAAACGUCCACGUACCGACACGAGCAGUGGAUCUAUUGUAGGAGAAAUUUUAGAAAAAAAUGUUUCAGAAUCUGAAUCAAUACGCCCAGAACAAGAUGAUGAUCAAGUCUACUAUCCGAAAAUAAUACCGUCUGUUCUUGGUAAUAUAGUAGAGAAGAAUUGUGAUGAUUUCGUUAACUUUGAUUUUAAGCCAAUGCCACCUACAGGGUUCCCUGUAGUUACAAAACGCGAUCCGAAUUUACACUCUGGUGAAAAAUCUUUAACUAUAGUACAAACAUUAAGUAUGAAUAUGCUAGAGAAUAUGGAUAUAGAUCCAUCAUGUUCCACAUUGAAUACAAAAAUUUCAAAACCAAUAAAUAUUCCAUUAAAGAGUUACAUCAUCUCAAGUAAUGAAGCAGAUGUUAUUCACAGUGAAAAUAUUAAACUUUUAACACAAAUGUCAGAAAAUGAGAUUUUAAAAGAACAGCAAAAGUUACUUUCUAGUUUAGACUCUAAUUUAGUAAACUUUAUCAAAAGCAAGCGUAGACAUACUAAAGAAAAUGAAACAGCUGUUAUGGAAAUUAAAAAUGAAGAGAAACUGCAUAUUGAACCUUCAUUUGAAAGAGAUUCGCUCUGGGAAAAUGAUGUUCUGUCACACCCUCAAGUUAACAAAUGGGUUAAUUUCGAAAAUUUAGAGAAAGACAAAUUAGAAUGGAUGAAAGGAAUAGAAGAGAACAAAAAAGGUGACCCUGAUCAUCCGUAUGAAGCAAGAUUUGACUUUACAGGCUAUCUUCUCCCAUACUCUAUAGAAUACACUGACAAAACUAAAACUCUCUUUCAUCAUGGCGAAGAACCCCAUAGACCAGGGUAUACGCUUAUGGAACUCUUUGAACUAUCCAGAUCCACAAUAAUUCAGCAGAGAGUCACAGCUUUAAACACAAUAGCAGGUAUUCUCGAGUACCAUAGUACAGGAAUAUACAAGGACAUCAUAGAUAUACCAUUAAGCAAAAUAUUUUUUAUAAUAAGAAUUGCAAUGGAUGAAAACAAAUUGAUUCUUCUAGAACCUGCACUUAAAGCUAUGAGGAACUUAUUAUUCAAUCGAAUAGAUGAAGCCUGUCUUGAUGCUUUGAUAGGGUUUGAGGAGGGUAAUUUUCAACCAUGUCUUGAAAAUGACAAAUCAGAAAUUGACGAAAUGGAAUCAACAGUAUCUGAGUUAAAAGAUUUUCACUUAGCUGAAAUAGAUCUUAUAUCUGCAGUUCUACGAACUGACAUUAUACAAAGGCUAUUUUAUAUUAUAGAAAAUGUCAGACCAAGUUUCAAUUGUGUGCAGUAUUCACUACAGAUUUUAAUUAGACUAGCCAGGGACUCCGUAGAAACAGCAAGUAAAAUUGUUGAAACUGACCACCUAAUGAAGAGCAUAGUAACAAAUUUUGUACCUAUCACCAGCAUUAAUUUCACAUUUGAUCCUAACAUCAUAUACAAUGGUAAACCUAUUUUAGCUGCUCUAAAGUUAAUGAGAAUUCUUUCAUUGCAAUCUAGAGAAAUUGGAGAAAUUCUUAUUUCAAAAUAUGAUCUCCUAAAGUCAAUUUCAGAAUAUAUAAAUUCUGGGGUGGAUGGGACUUAUGGUUUGAGAUUACAGAUUGAAGCCUACAACAUAGUAUCAAAUUUACUUAAUUAUGGAUUGGGUGUUGAAAACAUGCAAUCCUUAUGUCCACUCAUAGUAAAUACAUUAUACAAGCAUGUUCAAGGAACAGAUGUUUUCUUUAAUUGCUCUGUUUUAUCAGCAACUCAUGCUGCUAUUGUGUUACAGUAUGUAAAUAUGAUCUUAAAGAGUAAUAUGUUGAAUGAUGAUAAUUAUAAACAUCAAAUAUAUCUUCUACUUAAGGAUGGAGUACAGAAAUGGUUGAUGCAAGCUGCUCAUUUUGAUAAUUAUACUUGUGGUCAUUUAAGAUUGCUCUGCUCAGCUUUGGAUUGCUGUAAGACAAUAAAAAUCAAUGAAAAAGUUACCCUCAAAUUCUUGAAUGAGGCUUUGAAGAUUUUGUCUGAAUCAAAAGGAUUUGAAAUUAUUAUAGAUAAUUUAUUAUCCAGCUCAAACCUUUUAUCGGAUAUCACAGAAAAAGAUUUAAAUAUUUCCAAAAAUCUUGUAAGCCUUGGAGGCUCCGUGAUUGAUUCCACUCAAAAAGUGCUGCCAAUUUUGAGUAUUGCAUCACCAAUACCACUUUUGGUGUCACUAUUUCAACUUUUGAAUGUUGUUAAUGAUGAAAAUAUUGGUAAAUUGUACAUAAAAAAAGUUUUGAAUUAUUUGGAUAAGUUUUCAAAGAAAUCUCCAAAUAUGAAAAGCAACUGGUUCACCAGAAUGGAAAUAGAAUUUAUGUUUAACAUUAUUAAAUUAGCAAUACAGAGCAAUGUUUCUGAAUCUUGCAAAGAUCUCAUUUACUCUGUGGCUAGUAAACUUUGUUAUAUACUAAGAGUUGAUAAAAAAAUUGAACUAGAAUAUUUGUUUCAUCACAUUAUAUUUAAUAAGCAAUGGUUUACAACUGAGAGAUUAUUGAAUCUUGUGUCAUUUUCGGAAGUUGAUGGUUUAAGUAGAGCUCUUACUACUGUAGAAGAUAUUAAAAUUUGUUACAAUAAAGUUGUGAGCACAAUGCAAUUAAGCACAGGAGGGAACAUUGUUUUGAAACAGUGGCAAGAGCCAGUAUUACCUAGAGACUGGAUUUAUUUACCUAUACUGUCUCUAUAUAGUAAAAGUCAAGAAAUAAGGACAAUUCCUGAAGUAGUUGGUGAUCAUGCAAACAAAUUAAAGCAACAACAAGAACUGGAAAAGGAACUUAUCAUAAGAUGCUGCUUAGAAUGGAUUUUGUUCAAUGAAAUUUGUUUCCCUGAUUUGUUGGAUGAUAUAGAAGUCACGGAUCGAUUUUGCAGAAUAAUGUGUGUAUAUCUCAGUGAUAACUCAUUAUUUUUAGAUGAAAAAAUUAAUGUUCUUUUGAAGAAAUGUGUACAAAUACUUUUUAAGAAAAGCAACAAGUUUAAUUUUGACAAACAGUUUAUAGGCCUUAACAAUUUUCAAGACCUCUAUACUCAAUUCUUAGAACAAUUUCAGUCAGUGAGUUAUGGAGAUUCUAUAUUUGCUGCUUGUGUUUUGGUUCCGCUUGCUCAGAGGCAUAAUGUUAAAUGGCGAAAACUUUUAUGGUCAGAAUAUGCAGGAUGCUUAAGAGCUCUAGAUUGCCCAGAAAGUGAUUUGUGCUACCAACUAAAUGACUACCUGUAUCCAGAAGAAACAGAUGAAUCACUUAUAAAAUCUUAUUUCAGAGCACUAUCCAGUAAUUUAUUAAGGCCUGGGACAAUUGCUUAUAGAAUAGCCCAACAUCAUUAUGACAAUUUUAAGAAAACACAAAGUAGUGUAAGUGGUUAAAUA